ACCACAGAUGUUAUUUUGAAGCCUGCUAUGUCAUUGCAAGGAUAAAGGAAAUUGUGUUAUGACUAUGCAUGCUCAUACUCAGGGGCAGACUGACAACUCAUGGGGCCCCUGGGCAAUAGGGGAUCAUGGGGCCCCUGUGUCCUUGCCCAAACUCAAAAAAAGCCUAUGAAAAAAGGUACCAUGGGCAUCUCAUGGGGCCCCCUACUGACCCCGGGCUCUCGUGCAGUGCCCGAGUUUGCAAAUGGUGAGUCCGCCCCAGCU